AUGGCGAAGAGCAGUGACAGAGCUUUGCUACUACAUCCAGAGGUGUUGAAAAAAGAAGAGAUUUCUUUAGAACGACAUCAAGACAACAAUGCCACAAGAGAGCCGGUCCGUAUUCUUCACAAAUAUUACCAGGCAGGUGACCUCAUCGUUGCUGGUAUUAUUUCUCAGAUCUAUAUCUUUUCAGACACCAUGACCUUUGAAAAAUACCCAGCUCAGGAACUUUCAGAUGACCAUAUGAUAAUGACUCAGCUCUACCAGCAAAUCCUGGCCUUGGCAUUUGCUGUAAAGGAGAUCAAUGGAAAUCCCUGUGUCUUGCCCAAUGCUACUCUCGGAUUUCACAUGUAUAACAGCCAUUUUAGUGAAAAGUGGACCUUUCAAGCUUCAAUAGAACUUCUCUCAAGAAGGGCCAAAUUCAUCCCUAACUACAAGUGUGAUGCUGAGAAUACGCCAGUUGCAGUCAUUGGAGGACCAAACUCUUAUAUUGGACCCCAAAUGGCACCCAUCCUGUGUACCUACAAGAUACCACAAAUGGCAUGUUGGACCAAUCUUGAAGGCCUGGUAGAACAGAGGUUUCCUGCUACAGAUCUGUGGUGUGCAAAGGUUUUCUUCUACCAAAUGUUCCCAAAUGUGAACCACCUAUAUAAAGGGAUUCUCCAAUUACUCUUGCAUUUUGCAUGGACAUGGAUUGGGAUGCUUUCUCAGGAUGAAGACACUAUAGAGAAGUUUAAAGAGGACAUGUUCCCAUUGUUUUCCAAAAAGGGCAUCUGCUUUGACUUCAUAGAGAAAUUCCCCAAACAAACUUCUUCCAGUGAUUUUGGUGACAUGCUAGAAGAGGGCUUGAAAUCUAUCAAAGUUGUUAUGGAAAGCACUGCCAAAGUUGUGGUUGUAUAUGGAGAAAUUCAGAGUAUAAUGGCAAUGAGAUCAAUGCACCAGCUUUUACACUUUGCAAAUAUAUCAAUGAACAUCCAGACAAAAGUCUGGAUUAUGACAGCUCAGAUGGAUUUCACAUCAUUUCCGAUACAAAGAAGUUCAGACAUAAAUUUCCUCCAUGGUGCUAUAUCUCUUGCAAUUCACUCAAAGGAGGUGUCAGGAUUCCAUAAAUUUAUUCAGCAUAGGAACCCUUACUCAGAAAACAAUGAUGGUUUCAUAAAGGACUUCUGGGAGGAAUCAUUCAGCUGCACAUACCCCAAUUCUUUUGUAGACAAGAUGAACAAGAAAGUCUGCACUGGGGAGGAGAAGCUAGAGACCCUUCCCGCAUCUGUUUUUGAAAUGUCUAUGACAGGAAAUAGCUACAGCAUCUACAAUGCAGUCUAUGCAGUGGCACGUGCAUUCAGUACAAGGCAUUCAUCCCAAGUCAAACACAGAGCAAUGGCAGAUGGAGUAAGAUUGGACCAACAACCAUGGCAGGUAAUGUCCUGCUCACACUUUUAA